AUGGAGAGUGGUGUUGGUGAGACUGUAGAUGAGCCGGUUGUGACUGCCGGAAUCGGAUCAGGUGUUCAUUCAAAUUCUUCAGGCAAAGCUAAUGUCAGUGGUGCUGGCUUAUUAAAUAGUACUUAUGGUGAAGGAUAUGGAGUCCGCCGAACGGGAACUACAGUCUCGCUAAUGACAAAUUUAGAGCAAAGUCUUUCUCUUGCUGGUGUGGUUGGUUUAGGCCAGAGCCCUGAUUCUGGUGCCAGUACCGCUGGAUUCUCAGGUGGUGAUUCUCCUGCUAGUUCUGGUCUAGUAUCGGGUGGCUUGAGUAGCAGCCACACUUCUGGUUUUGACAAACACGGUUAUAGUAUCUCUCCUUUGGAUAAUUUAAGAGGCGAAAGUACCACUGGUAGUAGAUUGUCUCCUCUGACUAAUUCACCAAAGCUGGAAGGGUCUAUUUCUCCAGGUCUGUUAGCCCAUAAUUCAUCUGCCAUGUCUUCAUCACCUGCAACUGGAGGCAUAUCUUCAUAUUUUCCUAGACCUCCUUUAUAUAGAAGUGGAACUAGUACUGGCAAUUUCGGAACUGGCACUGACAGUGCGACCAAUACGGACAGUAGUGGGUUCGAUGGUUUGAGUAUAAAUAUUGGAGUGCCAAACUUGCCAACAAUGACGAAUAUGAAUGCCUCCUCUGGUGCCAAUGUGAGUUCAGGUGCUCGAACUAGAGCUUCCAGUGCGGCAUCUCUUGGAUCAUACGCGUCACACGUAUUACAUCAGAAAGAGCCCAAAUCAUGGAAUUCCCCAGAGAGUCAUCAUAGCAACAACUUUUAUGAUGAUCCCUAUGCUUCUCGACGGCCAUCGAUGGUGGAUAUUACUAAAGGAUUCUAUUCUGCAGAGAAUUCUGAAGAUAUACCUGAGCUACCUGCCGUCGAGGGCUACAGUGAGUUGCGACCUAUAUAUCCGUAUUAUUACAACAGCGUCAGCAUGUAUAGAGCGACGGAUAAACAAACGAAUGAGCCUGUUUUGAUAAAAGUAUCCACCCGAGGAUCAUUAGAAGAUCUGACUCGAAUCCGACACGAAUGGAGUGUGGUGUAUCCCGAAAGUUCUUCCAGUAAUGAAAUUGACCAUAUCGACGGUGUAUUGCGACCUGAGCGAUGUAUCAGGAUUGGUGAUGAGCCUGCAAAAGUGGUUCUCGUAUAUCCCGAUAGGAAUCAUUUGGUCACUCUACGUGAAAAAUACAUAUCCAGUGUGAUACCACAAGUCAAGCUGGAUAAAGAAAUGCCUGCUCCGCUUUCAGUGCCGUCACAAUCAGUACCGCCGCAAUCGAUGUUUAACUCACUGAAUAACAAUAACAAUGCUACAACAAAUGCCGCUAAUACCGCUAAUACCAACGUGGGAGUCAACCCUGCGACUUGUAAUCCUUUAGACUCUCCCAAGGUGCCCGAACGUACUCCUCAAGAGGUUGUUGACAUUCUGAAACUAAUGAUAGGCGUGGUUAAGACCCUUGGCAAGAUCCAUGAACACACUUUAACGCAUAACGGAUUAACUACAUCUACUAUUUUUAUUGACGAUAACGGUGAUACGUUCAUAUCAGGAUGGGACUUCAGCUUUUCUUUGCGAGCAGAAGAUACGUCUCGUGGGUACCGCAAGACCCAUUUGAAGCAAAUCGCCGACUGUAUGGGAUAUGUGUCACCAGAGACGACAUGUUUAAUUAAUCGCUUGGUAGAUUUCAGAGCUGACUUCUACAGUGUAGGCUGUAUCCUUUACGAGAUCCUUCUUGGAAGACUACCAUUCAGAUCUUCUGACCCUUCUCAGUUGUCCCAUAUGCAUGUCCUCAGAACCCCUAUUGCACCGUCCCUAAUUGCCAAUUGGGUCCCUGAGACACUAAGCAGAAUCAUCAUGAAAUUACUCGAGAAAAAUGCCGAUGACAGGUAUCAAUCGGCCAAAUUAGUUAUCUCCGACCUUGAAAUGGUCGUUCAGAGCCUUGAAAACCCCGGCUGUAUAGAUGAAGAUGAUUUUGUGCCAGGAUCCUUGAAAACCGUUUCAUCUACAUUCAUGGUUCCACAACUCAUUUACGGAAGAGAGUCUGAACUAGCGGCGCUUCAACUAUGCUGGAACAGGAAUGAAGAGACCAAUUUUGAGUUUGUGUUUGUUGUUGGUGAGCCUGGAUCUGGAAAGUCACGGUUAGUGGGAGAACUAGAAAGAUCUGCUAUAGCUGGUAACUCUUUUUUUUCUGUUACAAAAUAUGACGAAUACCAGCGUGGACCACCUUUUUACACAAUUGUCACUGUGUUGAAGGAUAUUGUCCACCAAAUCUUGUCCGGUUCAGUUGAGUAUAUCACUCAGUGGAGAGACACCAUCAUGACCAACCUUAAAGUCGAUCUAUCUGUAUUGUUUGAUUCCAUUCCUGAGCUGAAAGAGCUGUUAGGCUACGAAUACCUUAUGUUGCUGCCAAAGUCAAUUCCAUUGGGUCCUGUUCCUCGUGAAUUAAGAUUCAAGUUUGUGGUGAAAAGUUUGUUCUGUCUCUUUGGAGGUCAGGGAUUGACUGUAUUUCUGGAUGACAUACAAUGGUGCCCACCAAGUGAAUUGUCGCUAUUUAGAGAACUCUCUUUAUUCGCCAGCGAGAAAUAUGAUGGAUCCGUACAAAUCAAAUUUGUCUGUGCGUCUACUCCUGAUAGCUGGAACACAUAUACAGGGCUAGCCCGAUUGGCAUACGAACUUAAUGGAUUAUAUGAAGAAGUGUAUUUGAAACCUCUUUCCUUUGAGGCAGUACGAGAAAUUGUUAACGAAACAUUCGGCAAUUCUUCAACACGGCAUCACAGAGGCAUUCGCAGAAGGCGGAGAAGUCAUAGCUCACAAGUCGGUAAUCCUGAUGCGAUAGCAACAACCAGAAGCAAUUCAAUCUCUGAAACUGCCAUGUCUAAACCUCAGUGCCAAUCCGAGGCAACCGGGUCUGCAAACCUGCAACUUCAAGUCAAGCCAUAUGGUCCUAAUUUCCCAUCUGUGGACCCUCAAGUGCAAUCGCUUUCCGAGACUAUAUACACGGUAACUACUGGAAAUCCCCUUUUUGUCUCCUUCUUGUUGAAGUACCUCUUCUAUGAGCAGUAUAUCUACUAUGAUGAGAGUAAUCGCCUAACUGGCGGAAAAUGGAAGGUAGAUUUUGAACGAUUAAAUUUAUCAGUAGUCCCAAAAUCGGUUAAAGACGUCGUUAUUCUAAUAAUGAAAAAGCUGCCGCCGGAAACCAAUCGUAUCCUGAGAUAUGCAGCAUGUAUUUGUAGCAACUCCUUUACCUUGGAGGAUCUGGCUAUUGGAGCAAAUGUAUCGUUUUCAGAGGCUGCUACUGCCCUCCAUGCUGCUCUGGACUUUCAACUUAUUUUGCCUACCAGUAUCCACUAUAAAUUCCCAUUCCUCGAUCCUGUGGGUACAACUAAUAUCGAAUUAUAUGAUGAUGAGAUAAGAAGAGUUGCUGCAGCAUCUACUUAUCGGUUUUAUCAUGACCUUGUUCAGCAGGCAGUUUAUUCACAACUCGACCCUCAGGAAGCACUGGAAAUUCAUCGACUGAUUGGUCUUCGUUUGCUAGGAGAGGACGACGAACAAUCUCGACCCAUCCAUAGGCUGCUGGAGAUUGCAAAUCAACUUAAGAAUGCUGUUCCUAUUGUCAAAGAGGGAGAAAAGUCGGUGUAUAUUGAGCUUAAUGUCAUGGCAGGUAAUGCGGUUUAUGCGAUCUCGGAUUUCGACAUGGCCUUUGCCUAUUUCGAUACUGCAAGAAAGUUGCUUCCAGAUGACUCUUCGACAAAGAUAUGUGAAGAGAUCAAUCUCAAACUGGUUGAACUUCAAUAUAAUCGUAAGAACUAUGACGACUGUAUCUCUUUAGUGGAUGACUCGCUGUCAAGAUUCACAUCGGUUCUAAGCAAAGCCGCUUUAUUACGUAUCAAAGCUAUGGCCCUUUAUGGUAAGGGAGAAGGAGCCAAGGCAACUACUACGGGUCUUGGAGCAUUAAAACUCCUUGGCUAUGAAAUUCAAGAAGACGACGAAUGGAACAGAAACUACUGUCGAAAGCUGAGAGCAAGGAUUCCCAUCUCUGUGUCUGAAAUCAGAGAACUGGCUAAUGUUAAACGAGCGACCGAUCCCAAACUACUCCUUGUCCAGCAGAUUAUUUCCACAGUGAGUAUUCGACUUUAUUUGUGGGGAAACACUGAAUGUUUAAGGUCACUCGUGUUUACUUCAUUGAUUUUGUUUUUGGAUGGUGGCUCAUCGGCAUCUUGUGCAUUUUCAUUGCUUUCCCUGGCCAAUCUAUUUCAAAAAGAUGGCGGUAGCGCGAACCUUAAAUUAGCCUAUGAGUAUUCGAAAUUGGCUAUUGUUAUCUCUGAAUGCGCUACUGCUGUUAGUAUGGACUUUGGAUUCACCAUAUACGAGUACUAUGCUUUGACAUUAGCAAUCUACUUCGAACCGCUUCCAGAAGUCAUUCGGUAA